ACGUUGAAGAAACUAUUAAUGAACUUGUUAAUGGUAGUAUUCGAAUCGAAGAUUUCCCACAUAUUCAAGUCUGCAUUAUCGAUGAUAUGAUCUUCUCUUCAGAUAAUCGUCGGCUUUAUGUAUUCCAAGAAGCAAUUCGAAGAGGAUUAAAAGUUGAUAAAAUUCCAGUUCGAGUUCGACGAUCGACAGAUUUGAAUAUUAAAUGGAAAAUGGAAGUUUUAAGCUUUCUUGAAGAUAAAAAAAAUAGUAAUGUUCAAGGUUUUCAAAAUACUUCUUUCUUGUUGAAAGUGGAAAAAUUUGAAGACCAAGAUAUACAAGCUAGAAUGUUUUUCCUUGAUGGCGAUCCUGUAGAAGAACUUUUUUCUAUUCCUGAUGAAAUUGAAGUUAAAGAAAUUAAUGAAACUAAAAACAGAAAAAUCGAU